GAAAUCGUUAUCGUUUCAUAAACAAGACGACGAAAUAUCGAAUUUCGAUUCGAUAAUCGAACGUUUCUAAUCUCCCGAACGUGUCGCGGACUGCAUUAUAAAUAUCCAACAAAGAUAUCUGGAGAAUUUGAACUUUGAGUUAGCCUUUUAAAGGCGGAUAAGAUAAAGUAAAAUAAAAACGAUAUCGGUGGUCGAUUUUAGUCGAUUCUAGUGGUGCAUCUCGCAAAGGAAGAUGCCAGCGCAGCCUUUUACCCUCGACCUGUCCCCUCCGGGGGAGGAAGCGAUGCAGAUCGCCAAAACGGAACUCCGGGAAACUCCGGAGAACGUGGCCCAAGGGUUGGCCGAACUCAGACAACUGUUGAGUCAAGACGACACCAUCUACUACAAAGACGACGACAAAGUGCUGACGAUGUACCUCAGACCGUGCAAAUUUUACGCCAAGAGCGCCUACGAGCUCAUGAAAAGGAUCGCAGAAUUCAAGAAAAAGUACGCUGAUAUUUUGGACAACCUCCUACCGGCCGACGAAAAAGUGGCCUUCACCCAGCGCAAGGUGGUGAACGUCCUCAAAGACCGCGAUCACAAGGGCAGACGCGUCCUCAUAGUUAAUUGCGGAGCUAUCUGGGAUCCUUCGUUGGUCACCACCGAUCAGAUAUUCCGAAUGUUUUACUUAAUCCACGAAGCCGCCCUCCUGGAAGAGGAAACCCAGAUCCGGGGUGUCGUGGUGAUCAUGGACUACGACGGUCUGUCGAUGAAACAGGUGAAAGCCCUCGGCGUGUCCUUCAGCAUGAAACUGCUCGGGUUCAUUCAGGACGCGAUGCCGCUGAGACUGAAAGAAGUCCACAUGGUGAAGGAGCCGUUCGUUUUCAACAUGGUGUGGCAGAUAUUCAAGCCGUUCAUAAGAGAAAAGCUAAAGAAAAGGAUAUUCUUCCACGGUUCGAAAAUGAACUCUCUGCACAAGUACAUCCCCCCCACCCACCUGCCUAAGGAAUAUGGCGGGCAGUUACCGGCUAUCGAUUACAGCGGCGACGAUUGGUACCCUUGCAUCGAAAGCCACGUCGAACAUAUCAAAAUGCUCAACUCCUUCGGCUUCCGCAAGAAGUGA